UAGGCUUACGUCAGUAUUUGUUAGCUAUUAGCUAGUCGAAAUAAAACACGUCAGUUUUACGAUUUAUUAUGAAUGAAAAUCAUAUUUAAAUUAUUAUUUUGCGCUAAUAAAAGGUAGUAUAGUACUAUUGCAUUUAAUUAUAACAGAUUAUCCAUUGUAAUCAAGGAUACUUAAGUAUAAAAUUACAAUGAAGAGGAUGGUUUUAAGUGUAUACAUUAGUGUUAUUUUUUUCACUUCGGUACUUUGUACUGUACAGCCUCCAAACAUAAACCCUGGAAUAUUAAGCCAGUCUAAAUCACUCGGCGAGUGUCAAUCGUGUAGGUUAUUUAUAGAAUCAUUCAAAGCGGGAUUAGAUAGAACAACCCGGGGAAAAUAUGAAGGAGGAGAUACUGCUUGGGAGGAAGAAAAAUUAAAAAAAUCAUACAAACGAAGUGAGAUGCGAUUGGUAGAUAUUCAAGAAGGACUAUGUAAAGAGUCAAAACACUCAAUUCAAUGCCAUCAUAUAGCCGAAAAAGCUGAAGAGUUUAUUGAAGAGUGGUGGGCACAAGAUCCUGAUGAAUCUGAUGAUUUAUUUAAAUAUAUAUGUAUAGACAAGUUACAAGUAUGCUGCCCCAAACACCAUUUUGGCAAAGAUUGCACACCUUGUCCAGGUGAUCAUGAUAAUUUAUGCAGUGGCAAUGGAAAAUGUAGGGGUGAUGGUACUCGGAAAGGGAAUGGUACAUGCCUAUGUGAUCCUGGCUAUAUGGGAGAGAACUGUAACCAAUGUUCUUCUGGCUACUAUUUGUCUUACAAGGAUGACAACAAAAUGUUGUGUUCUGUUUGCCAUCGUUCCUGUAUGGGUGGGUGUCGUGGAGGCACAGCCAAAGACUGUGUGGCUUGUAAAUCUGGAUAUGUUUUUGAUUCAGAAGAAGGUUGCGUUGAUAUAAAUGAGUGUGAUGACUUAAAGAGAUGUAACGCAGGCCAAUUUUGUGAAAAUAGAUUAGGCUCCUAUGCCUGUAUAGCCUGUGAUAAGUCUUGUAAUGGUUGUCAUGGAGAUGGGCCAGAUUUAUGCAGAAAAUGUGCAAAAGGAUACUCAAAAAAAGGAGAGUUGUGUAUUGCUGACAGAGAAGAUGAGGAUCAGUCAGAGACAUUAACUACAACUAGGUACAUCACAUACAUAGGAUUGUUAAUAGCAACAGUAAUAUUACUUCCCAAGUCACCAUCACUUGGCGGCAUUGUCGGCAUCAUGGUAAUCUCAUAUAUCGUCGGUGCUGAAUAUUAUUGUAUGAUUAAUGGACACGCGGGCCUUGUGAAUAUGAAAGACUUUGAUUUGAUGCAACUAUUUCGCACUUAGAUUUAGUGAUUUAUGAUGCAGAGUAUUUUCUUUCUCGUUUUGCACUAUAGCAUAAAUGAAUGUAUUUGGUACCUUUAUACCUUAGUUGGUAAUGUAUAGCUUGGUGAGCGAGGGUUCGAUUCUCGGCGAAAUUAUAAUUGUGUCUUAUAGUUUGGCGAUCGCCAGCCUAGUUGCCUGUAUCGAUGAACCAAUGAACUUUAAAUAUCUAUCAACCCGCUCUUUAGGAAUUUAUACAAUUAAUUUUUUUUUUCAUAAAUUAUAUUACUUGUUGUUAGGUCAAUUUAACACUAAAAGUUAUUUCGUGAAAUGUAAUUUUUCUUUAAAGAAAAUUCUAUGUAAUAUGAAGGAGUGCCAAAAAUCUUUAAAAAAAACACGAUUUUUUAUUGACUUUAUUAAAACAUUUUCACUUUUCGUAAUGUUACUAAACUUACGCACAUUUCGUAGAUAAAAUUGUAAUAGUAAUUGUAUAAAUAAUUAAGAUGUGAAUUAAAGAUUACAGGUAUUCCAUAAGUGGUAUAUGAUGAAAUAACUUGUAUUUUAAUAAACUGUUAUAAAUGAAAUGAAACAGUUUUAUAACAUUGUUUUAAAGAGUGUAUUAAAACUGAUUUUGUUGUUUAAUAAUGGCUGUCUUAUAUAUUAUUGUCCUUUUUUUAAACGAUGUAUAUUGUAUUAUUUAAUUUAUAUUAAACAAUUCUGUUUUAUCAAAAGUUAAUCACUAAGUUUCAGUUAUUAACGAGUAAAAUUGAAUUCAAUAUAUUUCUCUUGUUUAAGUAACGGUUUGUGAUAUAUUUAUUUUGUGAUCAUUAAUUCUUAUGAAGAUUUUGUCCCUUUGUACAAACAAUCAAUAUUUAAGUAUUAUUUAAAAUUUAGAUUAAGAUUUUAAUAAAGAAUGGGUGAUAAAAU